UACUUCCAGGCGGCGCUCCUUUCACGCACCUGCACCUACGCAGUCCUCCCAGGCGCUCUUUUGGAGAAGGGACUCCUAAGGCUUUCAGGGCAUCACUUUCCGCAACCAGCUGCCUUAUGGAAGGUCGAUGUUCUCAGUGUAAAUGCGGUGCUUUCCUAAAGUGAGAUUCGAGGGACUCGCUCCGUCCUGGCCAGCCCGGAACGACAAGUUGGAACCCCGCGUUUCCUGAUCGACCUCAUUGGUGGGAUCACUUCCGCCCAAGGGUUUGGAAUACCCGAGGCGCUUUGGCGGUGAACACCCGGAAAGGCACUUCCGAUGCCUGUUGCCAAGGCGCCGGCCCCGUGGGCCUAAAGGAGCGACAUUAUUGGCGUCGUCCUCUCCCCCCCUUCCAGGGGGUCGAGAUGUCGGGGCUCAGCUGGCCAGAGAGAGAGGGCUGUCGUAACCUGCUCGGCCUGCUGGAUACCGACGAGAUCAUGGCCCUGUGCGACACCGUCACCAGCCGCCUGGUGCAGCCUGAAAACCGCCAAGAUGCCAUUCGUGCAAUCUUAGUGUACAGUCAAAGUGUAGAAGAACUUCUGAGGCGUAAAAAAGUCCACCGAGAUGUCAUAUUUAAGUACUUGGCAUCACAGGGGGUUGUUAUACCUCCAGCUACUGAAAAACACAAUCUUAUCCAGCAUGCAAAGGAUCACUGGAAAAAGCAAUUACAUCUGAAAUUGAAGGAAACACCGGAGCCAGUUAACACCUCUCAGAACAUUAGAGACUUUAAACAGGAGAAAGAAGAUAAAACUGAAAAAGUUGAUUUCCGUCGAUUAGGAGAAGCAUUCUGUCGCUGGUUCUUUGAACUUCUUAAUUCUCAGAACCCUUUUUUUGGACCACCUCAAGAUGUAUGGGGGCCACAGCACUUCUGGCAUGAUGUCAAGCUUAGGUUUUACUACAACACAUCUGAACAAAAUGUGACAUACUACCAUGGAGCAGAAAUAGUGAGCCUUCGUCUGCUGUCACUUGUGAAAGAAGAACAUCUUUUUCUCAGUCCCAACCUUGAUUCCCAUGGAUUGAAAUGUGCUUCUUCUCCCCAUGGUUUGGUUAUGGUUGGAGUUGCCGGGACUGUCCACCGAGGAAACUCUUGUUUGGGCAUUUUUGAACAAAUUUUUGGACUCAUCCGCUGCCCUUUUGGGGAGAAUACUUGGAAAAUCAAAUUUGUCAACCUGAGGAUUAUUGGACAGCCUUCCCUUGCUCCUGGAGCAUUAAUGAAACCAGCUAUUACAUUUGAACCGAGUGAUCUAGAGGCCUUUUAUAAUGUAAUUGUUGUAUGUGGUGCCAAUGAAGUACAAAGUAAUGUAAGGCAGACGGAUAGUCGAACUGGAGACCAAGGUUUGUGCAGUGGAAAUGAGGCAUUGUUGAACAAAAGAUAACUGAGUUUAAGUAAUCCUCUAAAGCACUGAGCACUGUAUGUACGGAGACUAUUCCAGAUACUACAUUGAGAUAUUUUAGUUGAAAUAUCUUUUUUGACUACAGACUAUAACAUAUGUGAAUACUUGCCUCUUUCUACCUGAGCUGCUGCAAAUGUUCUAAGGGCUUAAUGCAGUUCAAAUAAAUCCCACUUUAGAUGUUACAAAUGUUGUGCCCUAGAAACCAGGUAAUAUUUUCAUUUUACUGAGUAUAAAUGUUCUGCUAAUGUGUAUACACAUUUCAUGUGGAAAAGGAGUGAUGGUGUUCAAGGCUUCCCAUAAUUUUACAGUAUUUAAAAAAUAUGCACUUUAAAAAAAUUGCAUAUUUUAGAGAUGUCUAAUGUAAAAUCAAACUUCUUAUUCUAGAAAACAUCAGUGACGUUCAUAUGCAAAAAGUUUAAUAUAGCAGGCAAAGAAAAAUUUACUUUGCCUUUUUAAAAUCUGAGGAACCUAUUUCAAAGUUAUCUACUGUAGUCCAACUUAGAUAUCUUAGAACCUGCAACAUUUUCUGAACUAUUUUGGGCAAUGUUAAGUGCUGUUCUCAAAUCAGACUUUAUUAUCUAAGCUCUAACAGUUUUAUGGGGCAUUUAUUGUAACACCAUAUAAAGGAAACAUACUGUAGAAAUUUUUGAAAGGUGUGCCCAGUUUCUAACUUUUGAUUGAAUUACUGUUUUUCCUCUUGCUUGAUCUUGGUUGAGGCGACCAAAAAAUAAAAAUAAAAUUAUAAUGUAAGCAUAUACUCCCUCAUCAUAAAUUAAAAUUAUUAGGAUUUUUUUCACCUGUAACUUGUUUUACUAGGAUUGAGUUAUGCAGGUUAAGUUGCCAAAUUAAUUACAUAGUUGCUUUAAAAUUUAAAUUUCUCAUCACCCAGCGGCUACUUGCUGAUACUGGAUUUAGUUUGUAAUUUUAAUUUUCAAAUGGAAAAAAAUUCAACUGGGAAAUGCUGUGAUGUUGUGUUGUAAAUGUUAACUUUUUACCUUUAACUCUGCUCAUGAUCAUCUGGGUGACUGAAAAUAAUUUUGGAAGCAGGAGGAAAGAACUCUUUUUUGUUUUUUUAAUGCCAUCCCUCUUAUGAGGAGUACAGAUUGAUACGUCCUAAAAUAAAAACUUAAAAAAGGAGGGAAAACUCUUUUGUCUGUUAUUAGAACAGUGUAUUAUUUAGAUUUAAAGCCAAUUUUAUUUUUCUCUAAGUUGGAAGUAUUAUAACAUGUAAUCGAUAAAUAUCCUAAGUAAAGGAUAAAUUAAAAACUAUUCCCAUCAUUUUCUUUGUGCUAUUGAUGUCAAGUACUGCAAAAAAUAUAACUAUAGAUGCUUAAGAUAGAGAGAAACUGCCUCUAAUACUGAAUUUUUGAAUUUGUGUAAUGCUCCAGAAAAACUGCAGUCUCUGCAUGUUUGUUUUAAUCACCUUUAAAAAUUCAAAAAUCUUCCUGAUAGACUAAAUCUCUUGAAGAUUGGAGUUAUAUUUCCUGUGACUCGCAGCUGGGCACAUCCAUAGGACCUAAUGUUGAACGGAAUGGGUGAAAGGGUGACCAAAAGAAGCUUCUGUGUCUAGACUUUCAUCUUUGGUGAUUCUUAUCAGUGGUAGCUUUUUGAUCAUAUAGUCUGUUUGAGUUGUAUAUGUGGAUACACGGAAACUCUUAGGCCCCAAACUAACUCAGUUUUGGGAAUAUUUUAACUUUCAUUUAAAUUUUGAUGAAUUUCAGAAGCCCCAGAUCAGAGUGGGAUAUACUAAGAGGGCUCUAAAACUACCAGAAACUGUUAUAGGGGACGUGGAUACUUCCCAGUUUGGAGGAGGAAGACUGGGAGAAACUGAAAUUUGUUCAGUAAGCUUAAAACUUGGUCAGGCCUCUAAGAAGGUUCAGAAGCACAGUGCAGAUUAAAUGCUCCUUUUAUACCACCCAAUGACCUGUUUAUGUUAGCGAAUGACACAGACCCCCAACCCAGCUGGUGUCUCUUGCUUUAUUACAUUUCACUGUUAUUUGGAAAGUCUGUGGAGACAAGUGGUAAAGAAUAAAAUAUUCUGCACAUAAUUUAUAGUAACUGAGUGGUCAAACCAUGGGACCUUAUGGGUUUUAUUUACUGUAGGCUGACUUGCUGAAACUUAAUAAUGGUAUACAUCAACUAUUCUUUUUUUGUGAAAAUAAAAAAAAUCUUAAAGUACUAA